GUUGGACCUUUCUGCCUUUCAAGAAUACAAACCUAUUGUUUCAAUAACAAAACCUCAAACAUUUUAGAAUCAUAUAUACAUAUAAUUAAACUCCAUGAUAAAAUCUACUGACUGUAUUUUUCAAGCAUUUUGAUGGAAGAUAAAAGCCCAAGUAUGGAGUCAUAUGCUAUGAACGGAGGAGUUGGACCUUACAGCUACGCCCAAAACUCCUCGUACCAGAGAGGAAUAAUGGAGGCUGCCAAAGGGAUGAUCAAAGAGGAAAUCGCCAUGAAACUCGACAUUCAACAACUUUGUUUAGCAGCUUCAGAGCCAUUUAGGAUUGCAGACUUGGGUUGCUCUUCUGGACCCAAUACAAUUCUAGCAAUCCAAAACAUACUAGAGGCUUUAGAGCACAAGUUCCAAGCUCAUGGACCAAGCCCUCGAACUGAUCCUGAAUUUCAGGUCUUCUUUAAUGACCAAGUUGGCAAUGACUUCAAUUCUCUGUUUGCAUCACUUCCACUUGGGAGAAAAUACUAUGCAGCUGCUCUUCCUGGUUCUUUCUAUGACCGCCAGUUUCCUACGGCCUCCCUGCAUUUUGUUUACUCAUCAUGUGCACUUUGUUGGCUCUCCGAGGUGCCCAAAGCAGUCGUAGACAAAACUGGCCCUGCCUGGAAUCAAGGUAGGAUUCAUUAUACUGGUGCACCGCAGGGUUUUGAAGCUUAUUCAGAUCAAUUUGCCAAGGACAUAGACUCGUUUUUACAGGCAAGAGUGAAAGAGAUUGUGGCUGGUGGGUUGAUGGCACUUGUUAUACCCGCUGUUCCAGAUGUGAUCACCCACCCUCAAAUUACAACAGGAUCAGAAUUGGAACUUGUCGGUUCUUGUCUCAUGGAGAUGGCAAAAAUGGGAAUGGUAAGUGCGGCAAAGGUGGACAGUUUCAACUUGCCUAUUUACUACACAUCCCCGAAGGAAUUACGGCAAAUUAUAGAGAGAAAUGGAAGUUUCAGCAUCGAGAGAAUGGACAUCUUGAACAACCCAAAGCAGCACAUAGCCAUGCCUGACCUCCAACAUCGAGCCCUGUACAUGAGAGCUGUCCUGGAAGAACUCAUUGCGAAACACUUCGGAAUUGAAAUCAUUGAUCAACUCUUCGAGAUAUACUGGAGGAAACUUUCAGAGUCACCCAUUUUCUUGAACCCAGAUUUCCAGAAAACAAUGGCAAUCUUCGUCCUCCUCAAGCCUAUUGCAAAUUAAUAAGGAAUAUUUAUUUAUUUUUCAAUAAAUGAAAGAAUUGCUAUUUUAUUAGCUGAUUCAUUUGUAACUAGAAUUUGC